CGUUAAGCCGAAUUAUUUUAUUUGGUUCCCUCUUUUUACAGUUGCAAAAAGAAUGUCAAGUCAAGCUAGCAAUAUUAUACGGUUUUUACAUACCAUAGAAGGUUUAAAGCGUACCAAACGUACAGGUUGGCUUGAUAAUGGGAUCAAAGAACCAGAAUCAAUUGCAGAUCAUAUGCAUCGUAUGGGUAUUAUGGCCAUGUUGGUGGACGAUCCUUCUUUACAACGUGAUAGGUGUAUCAAAAUGGCCAUUGUACACGAUCUAGCAGAAGCUGUAGUGGGUGAUAUAACUCCACAUGCUGGUAUCAGUAAACAAGAUAAAUUUAAUAUGGAACAAAACGCAAUGAAUGGAUUCAAACAAUUAUUAGGUGAUACUACAAUGGCACAGGAAAUAGUCAAUUUAUGGCAUGAAUAUGAAGAAGGGAAAACACCUGAAGCUUUAUUUGUCAAGGAUUUGGAUAAGUUUGAGAUGAUUGUACAAGCAUUGGAAUAUGAAAAAUCCGAUAAGAAAUCUUUAGAAUCAUUUUUUGAAUCUACUCGUGGUAAAUUCAAGCAUCCUGCCGUCAAAGCAUGGGUUGAAGCAUUAUAUCAAGAACGUCAAGAAAGCAACAAUAUCAAGAAAUAGAUUAAUCUAGAUUAUUAUUAAAACAAUAAAACAAACGAUUAUUAUCAUCA